AUGCUCUACUCCACAAUCGCUACGGCACUCCUCUUCGCCGCUUCUGCUACUGCAGCUGCUUUACCUCCUCCUCCCGGCCCCCCAGGUCGUCCCGGCCCUCCACCACCACCUCGUGAACCAUCAUACGUCCCCGCUCGCAAACUCGACAACCUCGCCAAGCUAUUUCCACAAAGCUCUCUUGCAAGCCCAGGAGAUCUAGACUUGAAGUACGUCGUCCUCGGCAUCGGUACACAAAACUACACUUGCGCGAGCUCAGACGACAGUGCGACUCCGGGUACCACCGGUGCUUUCGCCACAUUAUACGACAUCGGCUCCAAGCUGCAAGAUGACUGGAUGGCCAAAUGGAAAAUCGGAUCCAUCGCCCCCGUCGCCCUCGCCCUCCAAGAAUGGGCCCCCCAACUCGUAGACUGGAGCCUCCAAUCCCAAGGCUUCCAACACGUCACUGGCCACCACUUCUUCGCCGACGUCGCAGGAAACAACACACCGACCUUCUCCUUCGACAAGCUCAGCGCACCCUUCCCCAUGAUCCAAGUGGCCAAGCUCGGCGCUACUGAUGCCCCGGCAAAUGCGUGUCGGGGUAAGAACGGGCUGCCUGCCGUUCCGUGGCUGUAUCUUCAACAUCAGGCUGGUAUCACACAGGGUGGCAUCAACACUGUUUACCGUGUUGAAACGGCUGGUGGAAAUAAGCCUGCUACGUGCAAGGGUAUGCCUCCGUCUUGGGAGGUCAAGUAUGCUGCGCAGUAUUGGGUAUACGGUCCUAAGCAGUAA